AUGCCGGGUACCAAGAGAGAUCACAGCGGCAUGGAAAUCGGAUCUUCCUCAGAGAAGAGCUCGCCCUUUAUACCUAUCUUUGAAUCUUUUCGGACAGAACUUGAUGAGCACCAUGAUCGAAGGGAGAGAAUAAUCAAGGCAUCUCGAGAUAUCACGGCACAAAGCAAGAAAAUCAUCUUCGCAUUGCAGAGAGCCCGUGAGUUGGGAGGGCCAAUACAUGCAUCAAUCUCCAACCAAACUUCUCCGAUGUAUUCUACGAUCAACGACCUCUUCCAGGGCAUAGUUCCUGACUUGAUGGGCGUCAAUGGAUACCGCUAUCGGUCUAACAUCACGGGCGGCAUCCAAGAAUUCAUGGAAGCAGUUCUCUUCCAUCAUUAUCUCGAAACACAACGUCUUCUCGACUACAAAGGCGCGUCACGCAGGUUACCAGAAGGCAUCAUGCUGACCUACGAGGACUAUGUCCUUGGAAUCUUUGACAUGACCGGCGAACUCAUGCGUUUUGCCGUUACUUACAUGGCGACCAAUGGCAAGCUGCCCGGCACGAAGGGAGGAAGUUCUUCGACGCUGACCGAUAUGCAAUUUUUGAGGACGGAACUAGAAAACAUUGACCCGGUUGGAAGUUAUGGUCUGGCCAAAGAGUUCAGUCAAAAACUCAAGACAACCAGGAUAUCAACGGAAAAGGUAGAAAACGGGGUUUACAGCAUGAUCGUUCGGGGUAAAGAAAGACCCAAGGGUUGGAGACCGGACACUUCAGUCUCGGAUGGAUCUAGGGAAAGUGAGCCGGUGGAGGGUCAAUGA